AUGGGCGCAUCGUUAUCCAAUUUGACCGAAAACGGGCCGAGCAACGGCGGGCCGGGCCUGGGCGAUAUACCGGAGAGCUGCGUGGCGUGCGUGUUCCUCUACCUCUCUCCGCCGGAGAUAUGCAACCUGGCCCGGCUCAACCGCGCCUUCCGCGGCGCCGCCUCGUCGGACGCCGUCUGGGAGACCAAGCUUCCGCCCAAUUACCUCCAACUCUUCGACCUCCGGGCCCGCCCCGACGUCCACCAGAGCCUCCGGAAAAAGGACAUAUUUGCCCUCCUAUCUCGACCUCUCCCCUUCGAUGACGGCAACAAGGCACACAUACUUUUCAUUUUUAGCUUGGGACAAUUGCAGGUGGUGUGGGUGGACAAAUUUACAGGGAGAGUCUGCAUGUCAGUAUCAGCUAAGGCAAUGGCCAUCACGGGCAUUGAGGACAGGAGAUAUUGGAAUUGGGUCCCCACAGAAGAAUCUAGCAUAGAGCAGUCUCUGGCAGUACUAGAUGGAGAUUCAUGUGCACAUAUGCAUCAGUUAGAGCAUGUGAAGUUCAAUGGUUUCUGUUCGGGCUCUGCAAUAUUUAGUGUUGUGGCCUAUUUACAGCAAAUAUGGUGGUUUGAAGUUGACGGCACCGUAAAAUUUCCCUUGCCGCCCGAUAUAUACACGCUAUCGUUUAGAAUUCACCUAGGUAGAUUUUCCAGGAGGCUCGGGCGCCGUGUGUCAAGUUUCGAACAUACUCAUGGAUGGGAGAUAAAGCCCGUUAGGUUCGAAUUCUCUACUUCAAAUGGCCAACAAGCGUCGAGCGAGUGCUUUUUAGACGAGCCACAGCAAGAUGACGGUGACAGUAGUAAUAAUAAUAAUAAUAACAGUAAUAGUUAUUAUACUACGAGUCACAAGCGUGGCUGCUGGAUAGAUUAUAAGGUGGGUGAAUUUACGGUGAGGCAAUCGGAUUGUGAAACCGAGGUGAGAUUUUCGAUGAAACAAAUUGACUGCACUCAUUCGAAAGGUGGGCUAUGUGUUGAUUCUGUUUCGAUAAUUCCAGUCGAGUUGAAAGGGCAUAGGGGGAGAGGGGUUUUGAAGUGA